UGGUGGACUCCAUUUCCAGGUAUAGAUAUUCCGAUAUUCAUUUUCCGAAAUUGGUGGCACAAUGUGUCCUUUCUUUCAUAGGCUGACCCAACUUUGGCCUUAUCCGUAUACUUGCGCGCAAACGUUCCUCCAAAAGUUGUUCAGUGCUUCGCUGAGACUGGACAGUUCCAAAGAAUCAUUAUCUACGCAAAGAAAGUUGGCUACACACCUGACUACAUCUUUCUACUGCGAAACCUCACGCGGAUCAAUCCGGAUCAGGGGCUUCAAUUCGCUCAAAUGCUGGUCCAAGAUCAGGAGCCGUUGGUGGAUUUGGAGCAGGUUGUUAAUGUUUUCAUGGACCAAGGCUUAGUUCAACAGUGCACAUCGUUCCUGCUUGACGCAUUAAAACACAACCGACCUUCAGAAGGCCAUCUUCAGACACGCCUAUUGGAAAUGAACCUGAUUUCUGCUCCACAGGUAGCCGAUGCUAUCUUGGGGAAUCAGAUGUUCACACACUAUGACCGCGCUACUGUGGCUCAGUUGUGCGAGAAAGCCGGUCUGUUGCAAAGAGCCUUGGAACACUAUACUGACUUGUACGACAUCAAGCGGGCGGUCGUAAAUACCCAUCUGCUCAAUCCCGAGUGGUUGGUCAAUUACUUUGGCUCGUUGUCCGUGGAUGACUCACUCGAGUGCCUACGCGCUAUGCUUCAGACAAACAUCAGACAAAAUCUUCAAGUUUGCGUUCAGAUCGCUACCAAGUACCACGAACAGCUGGGGACGUCGGCUCUAAUCGAAAUCUUUGAAUCCUUCAAAUCUUUUGAGGGACUCUUCUAUUUUCUUGGAUCCAUUGUCAAUUAUAGUCAAGAACCGGAAGUUCAUUUCAAAUACAUCCAAGCCGCCUGCAAGACUGGACAGGUCAAGGAAGUUGAGCGCAUUUGUCGUGAGAGCAAUUGUUAUGAACCGGAGCGCGUGAAGAACUUCCUCAAGGAAGCCAAGCUGACCGACCAGCUUCCUUUGAUAAUCGUUUGCGAUAGAUUUGACUUUGUUCACGACCUUGUGCUUUAUCUGUUCCGGAACAACCUGCAAAAGUACAUUGAGAUCUAUGUGCAGAAGGUGAACACACAACGCCUACCAAUUGUGGUGGGUGGCCUGUUGGACGUAGAUUGCGCGGAAGAUGUUAUAAAGCAACUCAUUGCUGUGGUUCGUGGCCCGUUUAGCACAGAUGAGCUAGUAGCCGAAGUGGAGAAGCGAAACCGACUGAAAUUACUGUUACCCUGGCUUGAAUCCCGUGUACAUGAGGGCUGCGUGGAACCUGCCACGCACAAUGCUCUGGCCAAAAUUUACAUCGAUUUGAACAAUAACCCCGAGCGGUUCCUGCGUGAAAAUCAAUACUAUGACAGCAAUGUGGUUGGCAAAUACUGCGAAAAGCGCGAUCCGCAUUUGGCAUGCAUCGCUUAUGAGCGUGGACGCUGUGAUCAGGCGCUAAUUCAUGUUUGCAAUGAGAAUGCACUGUUCAAGACGGAAGCUCGCUAUCUCGUUCGUCGAAAGGACCCGGAAUUGUGGGCUGAGGUCCUUAGGGAAGAGAACACUUAUCGACGUCAGCUGAUAGAUCAGGUCGUUCAGACGGCGCUUUCCGAAACACAAGACCCGGAGGAGAUCUCUGUUGCUGUGAAGGCAUUCAUGGCUGCCGAUAUGCCCAAUGAACUCAUCGAACUGUUGGAAAAGAUCGUGUUGGAAACCUCGGCCUUCUCUGACCACAGAAAUUUGCAGAACCUUCUAAUCUUGACGGCUGUUAAGGCAGACAAAUCACGCGUGAUGGACUAUAUCAAUCGCCUGGACAACUAUGACGCCCCUGAUGUGGCAAAUAUUGCUAUCAACAACCAGUUGUAUGAGGAGGCGUUUGCAAUCUUCAUGAAGUUUGAAGUCAAUACUUCAGCAAUUCAGGUGCUCAUUGAUCAUGUGAAAAAUCUGGAUAGGGCGUAUGAGUUUGCAGAGCGUUGUAAUGAGCCUACCGUAUGGAGUGCUUUGGCCCACGCCCAGCUGCGUGAAGGUUCUGUGAAGGAAGCUAUCAACUCAUACAUACGGGCCUCUGAUCCGAGUCGAUAUGAAGAUGUAGUGAGAAUAGCUUCGGCAUCCGAUCACUGGGAGGACUUGGUCCGGUAUUUGCAAAUGGCGCGCAAGAAGACCCGAGAAACAUUUAUUGAUUCGGAAUUGGCCUUUGCUUAUGCAAAAACCAAUCGCUUGUCGGAUCUGGAGGAGUUUAUUUCUGGCCCAAAUCACGCCAACGUCACCUUGGUUGCCGACCGUUGUUUCGACCAACAAAUGUACGUGGCCGCCAAACUUCUCUACAGCAAUGUCAGCAACUACUCUCGACUUGCCAUAACUUUGGUCCAUCUAGGCGAAUAUCAAGGCGCUGUUGAUGCUGCUCGUAAGGCGAACUCCACGCGGACAUGGAAGGAGGUCUGUUGUGCCUGUGUGGACCACAAGGAAUUCCGAUUGGCCCAAAUGUGUGGUCUACACAUCGUGGUCCACGCGGAUGAACUUGAGGAUGUGAUAAACUACUACCAGCAACGUGGCCACUUCGAUGAACUUAUCCAACUACUUGAAGCGGGGCUUGGACUCGAGCGGGCCCAUAUGGGGAUGUUCACCGAGUUGGCCAUUCUCUAUUCUCGAUUCAAGCCGGAAAAGAUGCGGGAACAUUUGGAGCUGUUUUGGUCCCGCGUGAAUAUCCCGAAGGUACUGAAAGCCGCGGAACAAGCGCAUUUGUGGCCCGAACUGGUUUUCCUGUAUGACAAAUACGAGGAAUUUGACAACGCAAUUCAGACCAUGAUGAAACAUCCAACCGAUGCUUGGCGCGAGAACCACUUCAAGGACAUGAUCACCAAGGUCGCCAACGUGGAGCUCUACUAUAAGGCCAUUCAGUUCUAUUUGACCUACAAACCCCUGCUCUUGAACGAUCUAUUAACCGUUUUGGCUCCUCGACUGGAUCAUACGCGUGCUGUCGGGUUCUUCCUCAAGGUCGGUCACAUCGCUCUGGUCAAGCCAUAUCUACGCUUUGUGCAACAGAAUAAUGCAAAUAACAAAGCGGUGAAUGAGGCUUUGAACAAUCUGCUGAUUGAAGAAGAGGACUAUCAGGCUCUUCGUCAUUCAAUCGAAACUCACACCAACUUUGAUCACAUUGCUUUGGCACAAAAACUGGAGAAGCAUGAAUUGACGGAAUUCCGCCGACUGGCUGCUUUGCUUUUCAAAGGAAGCAGUCGUUGGGCUCAAAGUAUUGACCUGUGCAAACGGGAUAAAUUGUAUACCGACGCCAUGCAAUACGCUUGCGAAUCGCGCAAUCCCGAAAUCGCUGAAGAAUUAUUGCGAUGGUUUUUGGCCGAAAACCUUCCCGACUGCUUCUCUGCUUGCCUGUAUCGCUGUUAUGAUCUCCUACGUCCGGAUGUGGUACUCGAAUUGGCCUGGAGAAACGGCCUUGUUGACAUGGCUAUGCCUUUCAUGAUACAGGCCAUGCGGGAACUGACCACAAAGGUGGACCGACUGGAACAUUCGGAGCAGACGCGCGCUGCAGAAGAGGAAAAAGCUGAACACGCAGUCAAUCCUCUAGUAAUGCGUGAACCGCAGCUGAUGCUCACUGGUCCUGGGGGUGCUAUACCCCCUGGACUCCUUCCACCAGCUGCAGGCAAUCCUGCUCUAUAUGGCAUAGCCGGGGCACCGAUGUACUAUCCCACGAAUGGCCCCUCAUUCUAAACCUCUCCCUUCCGGGAUUCCAAUCAUUGUGAUAAUACAUACACUCUACAUACGCAUUGGAUUGCCGGUUUACCUUCUAGGAUUAUCGGUCCGUAAUAAUGUGGCCACGACUUUGUGCCUGCUUUCCAGGUUCCUAUUCGUGCUCGCGUACGGACUAUUUCCAUUUUUAUGAGUAGACUUGGAAUCGUGUCGAAAAUCUGCCGCUCGCGCGUAUAUAGAAACCGUACUCCUGUGUUUUAUACUGUUUGUGUGCGUGUGUGGAUGUAAGCUUGAACAAAUCAAUUUCUAUAUCACCGAUUCUGUUGUGCCGUACGCGCUUGCCGACGUAGUCGUGGUCAACCGUCGUCGUCUCCUAUGCUGCAUAGUUAUUCUGCACUUCUUCACCUUGAUUUUUUUGGACAAUAGUCUUUUAUCCUCGUCGAUUCACCGUCGUAGCAAUCCAUGCCAAUUGUGUGUCGAUAAGCAGCGUCGCGCCCGAGAACAACACACACGGUGACUUUAGUAAUGGCGGCAUAUUAUGCAUCCUUACCCACCUCUGCACCCAAUCAUUCAACCACAUUCCUGCAUCGCUUUUGUCUUCAAGUGAACAUGACCACUCAUCAUUUGUUCACCCCCUAAAUGGAUGUAUCUCUCCACCUUCCCAGUGUUUCAAUCUUUUCCGGUCCAAAUUCUGGUGUUUUCGCUUCAUUUUAUGAUCUGGAAGCAAGAUAGGGAACAAUUCGUUUACACCCACCGUGCCUCAGUGUUGUCAUUGUGAUCUUUCCACCAUCUUUUCUUCUGGUAAUUUGCUGUUCCUCCAGUUUAUCCCUUGAUCUGAGUGAUGAUUGUCCAGUUAUUCGCGCCAUCGCACCCUCCAGUUGCCGCACUGAGGAGGUGGGUACACUGUUGUUCCCAAGCUUCCUCAUUCUAUGUUUUCUCGUUUCCGUUUCUUCUUGCAUACAUAUAUACACAAACAUACAGUACGUCAGCCUUUCGUCGGUCCACCACAGCCCGAGAGGUUCUGUUACAUCCAAUACCUUUUAAUCUAUGCGCGUGCGCACUAUCUCUGUUUUGACCUUAGCUCAUGUCACUUAUCGACCACUAUGAAUUUUGGCUUCGAC